UUGGGAGGAAGGCGUGAGGCACUUGUGAGGUGGUGGCGUGCGACACGCGGGCGCGCGCGACCGGCAGGCUGAGGAGAGCGGUUGCUAGGAUGGUGGCCAAGAAGCCGAGGGUCGUCAUAGUGGGCGCGGGCGUGGCCGGGCUCACUGCGGCGCAGCGGCUGUGCGGCGCGGGUGGGGACAGGUUCGAGGUGACGGUCGUGGAGGCCGGAGGCCGCGCGGGGGGCCGGGUGCUCACGUCCAUGUUCGCCGGGCACCGGGUCGAGAUGGGCGCCACGUGGGUGCAGGGGAUAGACGGGAGCCCCGUGUAUGCGCUCGCACGCGACGCGGGCGCGCUCGGCGGGGAGGAGAAGGAUGCUGGCGGUGGCGGGCUACCGUACGAGCGCAUGGAUGGGUUCCCCGACCGCGUGCUGACGGUCGCCGAGGGCGGCGAGGUCGUCGACGCGGACCGGGUGGCCGGGCCGAUCGUGGAGCUGUACAGGGGCAUGAUGGAGGCCGCACGUGCCGGCGAGGCGAGCGGCGCAGGGGGCGUCGAGGAGUACCUGCGGCGGGGGCUCCGAGCGUACCAGGCGGCGCGUCCGGGAGGCGGCAAGGAGCUGGAGGAGGUCGAGGAGGCUCUGCUCGCCAUGCACAUCAACCGGGUGCGGACGGACACGUCGGCCGACAACCUCGGCGUCCUAGACCUCACCGCCGAGGGCGAGUACCGAGACUUCCCCGGCGACCAUGUCACGAUCCCAGGCGGGUACUCCCGCGUCAUCGAGCACCUCGUCGCGGCGCUCCCACCAGGCACCGUCCGCCACGGCCUCCGCCUCCGCCGUCUCGAAUGGGGCGAGACCCCUGUGCGCCUCCACUUUGCCGAUGGGGCGCCGACGCUCACCGCCGACUACGUGAUCCUCACGGUCUCGCUGGGCGUCCUGAAGGCCAGCCUCGGCAAGGACUCCUCCGCUGUUGGCGCCAUCACCUUCGACCCGCCCCUCCCGCAGUUCAAGCGCGAGGCUGUCGCGCGCCUCGGCUUCGGCGUCGUGAACAAGCUGUUUAUGGAGUUGGAGGCCGUACCGGCGCCAGAACCGGAAAGCGGCGACGACGAUCAGCCGCUGGGCACGUCGGCGCCUCCCCAUUUCCCGUUCCUGCACAAGGCGUUCAAGGGGCAGGUGUCGAAUAUCCCGUGGUGGAUGCGGGGAACCGAGUCAGUCUGCCCCGUGCACGCGGGCUCCAGUGUGGCGCUGGCGUGGUUCGCCGGGCGGGAGGCCGCGCACCUGGAGUCCCUCCCCGACGACGAGGUCAUCCGUGGGGUCCACGCCACACUGGACUCCUUCCUCCCGGCCACACCCCACUGGAGGGUGAAGCGGAUCAAGAGGAGCGGGUGGGCUACGGACCCGCUAUUCCUCGGGUCCUACAGCUACGUGGCCGUCGGAUCAAGCGGCGAGGACCUGGAUAUGAUGGCCGAGCCGCUGCCACGCGGCAAGGACGCGGACGACGGCAACCGUGCGCGGCCACGCGUUCUGUUCGCCGGCGAGGCGACGCACCGCACGCACUACUCGACCACGCACGCCGCGUACCUGAGCGGCGUGCGGGAGGCCAACCGGCUGCUGCAACACUACCGCUAGUGUUGCACGGUUGCACCGACGAGUCGACCAUUCAUUCCAGCGAAGUUUCCUGUGCAUGCUUCCGCCGCUGUUUCGCUUAAAUUUCGGACGAGCCCUGUAGUUUCGGUACUCUGCUUAUGUUGUUUCGCGUGAUUCGCGUGGUAGGUAGUCUAUUUUGUUGCUGUCACGUGGUAGGUAGUCUAUGUUGUUGCUGGUAUGUCGAAAAUUCUUUUAUGCACUGUUGCAUGGGGUCAUGUAAAUUUUUUCUGAAUUGUUUUUAGCCAAGCUUAACUUCCUUUCCAAAAAAUUUUGAACCAAAAUUUUCUUGUACAAAUCUUUUUUUCAAAAAUUUUUUAGCCAAACUUUUCUAAAAAGGGAAAGACAGUGAGGGGAAAGUUUCUGUCGAGGUUAAUUCCUUACAGUGAUUCUGG